AGAAAAUUCCAAUAUCGAAAAUGGUAGGCUUGACAAUCGAUGGCGCUCCAGCUAUGGUGGGUCCUAAUAGGGGUCUCGAGGGGUUAUGUCGUAAAGAUGAAAGUUUUCCGCGAUGUCUUUGUUACCACUGCGUUAUAUAUCAGCAAGCAUUAUGUGGACAUUUUCUAAUACUAAGCAUCGUUAUGAAAUUGGUAGUAAAAAUUGUGAACAAGAUUAGAGCUCAAGCGUCACAAAGAAGAUUACUCAAAACCUUGGCCGAUGAAAUUGACUACGUACGAUGGUUAAUGAAACGUUUUAAGAUCAUAUCUGCCAUAGUUCAAUUUUUCAAACAACGUGAUGAACCGAUUCCGCAACUGGAAAUUUCGAUCUGGCUUAGAGAUUUUGGUUUUCUUGUGGAUAUUGCAGAAAAAUUAAAUGAACUUAAUUUGCAGCUUCAGGGGAGAGACAAAGCAGAAACUAGCAGAAAUGAUUUCUGGUGUAAAGCGUUUAUCAAAAAGCUUGAGCUUUGGGAAGAAAACUUAAUCGAUGGCGAUCCCAGGCAUUUUCCUGUUCUUUCAGAAUAG